GGGCGCGACACGCUUUAGACUUGUUAUCGUCCGUUGCCUAAGCGCAAAAUGACCCAACCGCUGAAACAACGCCACCGCCUGCCCUCCGCGUCUCCGCCUUUCUUCCUCUCGCCGGUUCAUGGUAGCAGCGGCUACCGCCGGCAUCUAGAGUAGGUGUAGUUUACACCUUUCUCUGUCUCUAUCUAUCUAUCUUCAUCGUCGUCUUCUUUGUCUCCAACGUCCGGCAAUGGGCGGCAAGAUCCCUCACCAUUCGGAUGAUAUCGAGACGGCGAUCCAUGGCAGCCAUCAUCGCCUCUCAGUCCCAUCGUCGCGUCCUAUAUGUCCACCUCCUCCUAAGCCCUGGUUCUCUUGGUUCGUACCCCUCAUCUUCAUGAUUGACUCUAUGUUGUUUGUGUACACGAUGUACGUGAACAACUGCCCUGCCACUACCGAUGGCGAUCGUUGCCUCUUCUCUGAUUCCCUCGGCAGGUUCUCUUUCCAGCCGCUCAGUGAGAACCGCAUGUUUGGCCCUUCCGCCAAUACGCUAAUAUUAGUGGGAGGCCUUCAGCCAAAACUAGUUGUGAAGGAGGGUGAAGGAUGGCGCCUUUUGUCUUGCAUGUGGCUUCAUGGUGGACUCAUCCAUUUGCUUGCUAAUAUGAUAAGCCUUCUGUUUAUAGGAGUCCGCCUUGAACAGGAAUUUGGCUUUUUGAAAAUAGGACUCUUGUAUGUUUUUUCUGGCCUUGGUGGGAGCUUGUCAUCUGCCAUUCGUCUUCAAUCCAAUGUCUCAGUUGGUGCAUCAGGUGCACUUUUUGGAUUGUUAGGAGCCAUGCUUUCAGAGCUAAUCAUGAAUUGGACAAUCUAUUCGAAUAAGUGUGCAGCACUUUCAAGUCUCUUGCUCAUCGUUGCCAUCAAUAUGGCUGUUGGUUACAUUCCUGGAGUGGAUAUGUCUGCCCAUAUUGGAGGGUUUGUUUCAGGGUUUCUUCUUGGAUUUAUUCUUCUUGUUCGUCCUCAGUUUGGAUGGGUAAACCACAAAUACAUACCCCCGGGAUACGACUUGAAACGUGUGAAACCAAAGUUCAACGUAUAUCAAUAUCUGUUGUGGAUAACAUCUAUGAUCACAUUAAUCAGCGGAUAUAUAGUUGGCUUGGUGAAGCUGUACAGUGGCCCAACAACAAACUGAUAUACAGCUUUUAACCAUCCCAAUCUGACAAAGAAGCUGUUAUUAUAAUUCCUACUCCCUAUUUCUUAAGCAUUGUAGGUAAAGUUGCCAACUGCCCUUAUCCACAGCAACACUAUAAGAGGACCCAGUUCUUACUAUUUGAGGCUUCUGUGUUCAUUUCACUUUAAAGGUAUGGUUGAAGAGAAAGGAAACAAGGACCAAUUCUUCAGAAGGGGAAGGAGAAAAAUGCCAACCCUGAACCUGUUAUGGGUCAUCUAAAUGAAAGGUUCAUCAUUUAUAUGAAGACCUUUGAUCGUUGACUUAGUAUACAUGAGCCCAUCCGGUUCAUGGAAAUAGUUAUUGGUGAAAUUCUUUGGAUGAUCCUCUCCAAUGCAACUGAAAGGAUCCUUUUGAGAUAGUGCAUGGUUAAAUUAUAUAUAAGUAUUUAACUAUUCA